AUCUUCUCUAUGGGUAUCGCGGGCACGGAAGUUGCGAAGGAGGCGUCCGACAUUAUCCUCAUGGACGACAACUUCGCGUCGAUCGUGAAGGCGAUCAUGUGGGGUCGCUGCGUGAACGGCGCGGUGCGCAAGUUCUUGCAGUUCCAGCUCUCGACGAACGUCACGGCCGUCGUGAUGGCCUUUGUUUCGGCCGUUGCAUCGGCGUCGGAGUCGUCUGUGCUCUCGGCGGUGCAGCUGUUGUGGAUUAACACCAUCAUGGACAUAUUCGCAGCACUCACUCUGGCUACAGACCCUGCAUCUCCCGUGCUCUUGGACCGC